AUGCCUCGAAUCUCGCGACAGGCAUUCAAUAUCCGCACCGUUCUCACUGGACCUGGCAGGAGCCCAGCUCGCGAAAAGGAACUGAGGGUCGUCAAGAAAAUCGACGUUUCGCCAGAAAUCCAAUCCCUUCUCGAGACGCCCACAUGGUCCGUGUCUCAGCUCCUGCCUGCGGGGUUUCGGGUUACUGCUCAGGGGACCCCGACGGAAAGGACAGAGAGACUUGGAAUCAAAGCACAGGCAUGGCGGACCGAAUAUCUUUUUCCGUGGGCGAGCAAGAUAACAAUCAUUAAACUCCGCCAUCUCCUACGCCUUUCGGCGCUCCCUCCUCCCCAAUCCAAAAUCGAAGAAGAAAAGAUGCUCAAGGAGUUGCGCGACCAGCUACACCUCGUCAGGGAGAUCCUGAAGGUCGACACGACAGGUGUUGAACCUCUUGUGGCCAUCCGCGAUGAAACCGCGGAACACAUUCAGGAACGCACCAUUACCCGAGAGACACUGGCCGAGUUUCUCGCGCUUGAGGAGAAGAAGGGCCGGAACGGAACGAUCAGGAGACGCAGAGAUACGUAUCUAGUCACAAGUUUCACGGAAGAAAGCCAGCCAUGGGAGGAGGAUCCGCUGGCUUGGAGCAAGGUGAAGGAUCCCUGGGCACUUGGAGAAGACGGGGACAGUCGGAAGAUGGGGAGAUUUUUCUUCGUCAAGAGACAGGUGCCCGAGGCAGAGGGUGACAGAAGGGAGACGGCACCCUCCGAGACGGAGCAAGAGGGGAAGGCAAAUUUCAAACCAAUGGAUAUGCCCUGA